ACCAGGAACAAAAGUGAGAGAUCUAGAGAGAGAUCUAGAGAGAGAGAGACAGUGUGUGUGGGAGUGAGAGAUCAUGGUGUUGCUGGAGAAGCUGUGGGACGACGUGGUGGCGGGGCCUCUGACGGAAGGCCUCGGCAAGCUCCGCAAACUCUCCACCAAAUCCUUGUCUGUUAAAGUUGACGAAGGAGAGAGCAGCGGCGGCGCAGGCAAGGGCUACCAGAGGUCGAUCUCGAUGCCGGCCACGCCGACGACUCCUGUGACGCCAAACACGCCGUCGACGCCGCACAAGGUGAACGUCUGGCGCAGCGUGUUCCACCCGGGGAGCAACCUCGCCACCAAGACCCUCGGCUCCAACCUCUUCGACAAGCCCCAGCCCAACACCCCCACCGUCUACGACUGGAUGUACAGUGGAGAAACAAGGAGCAACCACCGUUGAGAUCGGGGAAAUGGAGGAGUGGAGCACUUGGUGGUGGUGGUGGAGGUGGUGUUGGGAGGAGUAGUAAAUGGGUUGUGUAAAUUUUGUUCCUCUGCUGCAUGUUUGCUGUUUUAUGUGUGCAAAUUAUAUCUAAUCAAGGUUUCUUUAUCUUUUUUUUUUUUUUUUUUUUACCUUCUUCGUUUUGCUCAUGUGUAGUAGCAUAAUCAUCCUCUAGAUGGACCCCAUGUUGAUCAUGUGUAAUUUAUCUCCAUGGGGGUGGGUGUUGUUAUGUCGGUUAUUAUUAAGAUGUAUGGAACUAUGUUGAGAUAAAUAUAUAAUUGUAAUAACACCACCACUGCUUCUUACUA